GUGGGGAAGAGGAUAGAAGUGGUGCUGGAUUGGGCUAUAUAGUAGAUGUUGGACAACCUUAUACCUCCAAUGUAAUUAACAGUUUAUAACGACUGUUAAAACACACGGUUGAUUUUGAAAUUUCGAGCAAUCCGUGUUUGUUGGCGAAAAAAAUAACCAUGGCCCACAGAUUAGGAUAUUUACGAUCUUUUGCGAUUAUCAUUAUAGGUAUCUGCUUGUGCAACCAAAUAAAGAUAUCAAGUCAGAUUGGUGAUCAGUGUCCUGAGGGGAAGAGAGGGCAAAAUGGUGUGUGUAAAGAUGUUAAUGAAUGCGAUGAAGGGGGAAGACAACAGUGUGGUCAGUUGUGUACUAACACGCCCGGUUCCUAUUACUGUUCCUGUCUCCCAGGCUACAGCUUAGCUUCUGAUCAAUGGUCGUGUUUAAUAGAAGAUCCUCCACUACAGUUUCUGAUCAGCUAUGACAACCAUGUUGCCACCACGUUGGAUACAGGCUCUAACUUUACACAGUUUGUUGAAAGUGACGGUCCCAUCAAGUCAUGUGAUUAUGACUUAGACAAUCACAGAGCGUACUGGGUUGAUAGUAAGAAUAACGCAAUCUAUACAAGUUUUCUGAAUGGAUCAAACACUCAGAUUAUAUGUAAUCCUAGAGGUAAACUUGAGAACAUUGCUGUGGACUGGAUUAACCAACGGUUGUAUUGGACUGUCUCUGACAGGGGUCUCAUUGAAAGAAUUAACUUAGAUGGUUCAAAGAGGCGGAUACUGGUCGCUACUCUUCAGUACUCUCCAUUGGACAUAGUCGUUGAACCUUUGAAGGGGAAUAUAUAUUGGAUAGAAUGGGGUGAUGAAUCCAGGAUCCAAUCUGCAACCCUGGAUGGGUCAAACCCAAAAGUCAUUGUCCAGGGUAGUCUCCUUAGACCUUCAAGCUUAGCUAUUGAUGUAGUGGAUAAGCGGUUAUUCUGGAUUGACAACGAAACCAAAAUUAUUGAGUCCGUUAAUCUAGAUGGUACAAGCCGGGAAACCAUAGCAACUGAUUUAAAUAAUGCUCUUGUGGGCUUGUCUGUGUUUGCUGACCAGAUAUUGUGGACAGAGCAUGAAUCUUCUCUCAUCCAACGUGCUGAUAAGUAUACUGGUAAACGAGUUGACAUCCGUGUCAGCAACACCGGAAUCACAGUCAAUCCUGUCUGCUUAAAAGUUAUGCACAUUCUUCAACAACCAUUCUCAGACCCUCUAGCUGGCUACAAUUGUACACUAAAUUUAAGUUGCGACACAGAUGAAGCAGGUGAAUCUACCAACAAUCCAUUCAUCAUAUUCUCAAAUGCUCGCAGCAUCCAUCGUAUAGACUUCUAUGGCCGGGAUUAUCAGACUAUUGUCAGUGACAACGUCGAGAACGUCUUGUCUUUGGACUACAACCCAAGAGAUGAUGCAAUAUAUUUUGCCGAUGCAUCGUUGAAGAGGAUAGAGCGGGUGAAUCUUGAUGGGACAGAACGUACAAUUGUUGUAGAUACGGAUAUCGACAGUAUUGAAGGUCUUGCUGUUGACUGGAUACAUGGAAAACUUUGCUGGACUGAUUCAGGAAAAGUGUGGGUGGCUUGCAGUUCUUUAUCGGGUACCAACAUGAAGGUUAUAGCUGGCAACCAGAUAGAUAAGCCUAGAGGCAUUGCUAUUCACCCAGCUCUAAACUUAGUGUAUUGGACUGACUGGGGUUCGAGUCCCAAAAUAGAGGCAGCUCAGCUGUUCGACAGCAAAAGGGUAACAAUUGUCGGAGAUACGAUAGUUUGGCCUUUCAGUCUGACUAUAGACUUCCAGCGAAAGAAACUAGUAUGGGUUGAUUCAGGGCGACAGUCUGUUGAGAUGGCAAAUCUUGAUGGAACUGAGAGGAGUAUAAUCACUAAAAGUGGAGUUCAUCGACCAUGGUCAGUUGCCCAGUUUGGAAACUAUGUUUGGUUCACAGAGGAAGAACGUGGUGAGAUCAUUAGACUGGACAUAGACACAGGGCGCAAUCCAUUGACAUUAUCUGGUAUUGGGGAUUAUCCUAAAGGAAUACAGAUUGUGCAUCCAAGCAAACAAGACAUAUUUGAUGUGGAUCCAUGUCUGGUAUUCAACGGGGGAUGCGAGCACAAUUGUUUUCGCGCCGCGCACAAUCAAGCUGCCUGCUCGUGUGACCCUGGAUAUAGACUUACAUCAAAUAUGAUGUCCUGUGCCCUUGAUGAAUGUCUGACAAAUAUGGAUACUUGUGACCCAAACGCCACAUGCACAGACACCGAAGAGUCAUACACUUGUACAUGUCCUGAAGGCUACAGCGGAGACGGGGAAAUAUGUAUAAAUUUGAAUCCUUGUUCAAUGGCUAAUGGUGGUUGUGAUCAGAUUUGCAUAUUUCAUGUUGAGUUCAGUGACUAUGAAUGCAGAUGCCAUGAUGGCUACAAGUUAAUGAAUGACAGAAAGUCGUGUGUACCAGAUCGUAACCCAUGCAGUAUUCUCAACGGUGGUUGUGACCAGAUCUGUAUACACGCCAACUUGAACCAGGUGUUCUGUAGCUGUGACACAGGAUUCGACCUCAAGGAAGACGGCAAAACAUGCGUAAUGGAUGAAUGCCUACUAGGUUAUGAUAACUGUGACCCUGCAGCAAUUUGUGUUAAUACUGAGGAUUCAUUUGAAUGUCAUUGCUUGGAAGGAUAUGAAGGUGAUGGAGUAACUUGCGCAGAGAGAGGAGCAUUUGUCUUGGAUUACACAGACCCUCAACAGGAACCAACACCUUCACUGCCGAACUCACCAAAAGCGACCACAAUGCAAGGAACAAAGCGGAAGACAUCAAGAGCCAUGAAAUUCAAUACAAUUCCAACUUUAGUUAUAUCCACAACUCCUGCGAGGAACCCUGAUAAAGGGCAUAUAGGCGUUAAACCGACAGCUGUAGCAUGGCCACCGAAACCGACUGGCGGACAUAUGGACUUUAACCCUAAUGAACGAUUUUUUGAAUGUCCAGUGAAUUUUGAAUAUUAUUGUUUGCAUGGUGGUGACUGCUUUUACUCAAAGGAAUCAAAUCGAGCAAAGUGUUUGUGUGCAUCAGGAUACAUGGGAGCCAGGUGUGAGCUCCUGGAUCCUACCUGGGAAACACCUAGUUCUGAAACCGGUAGCAGUUGGAACUUGCUCAUCAUAAUUGCUAGUGUUGUUGGUCUUUUUCUCCUCCUAUUAGUAAUUCUCCUAAUGUUCCUGUAUUGCUACAGGUUACGGAAGCAUAAGAAGAUUCCCCAACCAGAAGAUGUACCUUUACAGAUGCGGCAAGGGUCGCUACCAAUGCAGCCAAACCCCUGCAACCCCAAUACAUAUGCAGCUGGUAUUGCAACUGAAACUGCUGACUCGGAAUCAAGGAAGGCUAGGACUUUGGGAGAUUAUCGAAGACUAGGUACAUUUGGCAGACGACAUAAUGAUGAUGAUUACGCCCACAUUGAAGAGGAUUCUAAUCACUACAUGAUACCACGACCAACGAGUAACGCUUCUUACAGUAGUAUAUCAACACUAAGCGCUGGAAGCUCUAAAAUGAAUCAAUACGCUGAAACGGUCACACCUCCCUCACCACCAGCAAACCAAUACACAGAUGCAGAUGGACAUUAUGCCUUGCCACCUCCGCCACCAGUGAAUCAAUACACAGAAUCGGACGGACUCUACGCUGCCUCGACUUUCAUGUCUAGCACGAAACGUCGGGAUUAUGUACCUAUGGGAACAUCUGCAAAUGGCUCGCCAAGAAAAGCACACACUCUAGGCAGGAGAGAACUUGCAUCCUACAUGAGUAUGGAUGACCGUCCACUAUCACAACAUGAGUACUGGGUGACAAUCAACCGCAAUGGAAAACUAGACCAUGUGUACUAUAAUUCAAGAGACAAGAAAGAAGGCCUCCAGUAGACAAGAAAGGCCUCAAGUAAAAAUGACAAUCUCUCCAGAUAUGUGGACAUAAGGAGUCUUUAAAGUUACUGGUUGCAGAUAUAAAUGUCUUCCAAUAUCGAUGGACUUGUAGACUUAAGUCUUCCAAAAUGAUUAAAAUGAACAAACACAGAGUUUCCUCAUUAAUUGAUGAUGUGAAGAUUUUUCAUAAUUGAUGGGCUUUCCAAAAGACCCAGUAUUGGUCUUCCAAAAUAAAUGGACGUACCAACAAAACUAUCUUCCAAAAUAAUCCAGCUUUGUAGAUACAGAUAUCUUUCAACAUGGAUGGACGUAUCAAGAUAUUUGUCUUUUAAAAUGGCUGGCCAUAUGUACAAAACUGUCUUCCAAAAUUUAUUGAGACGUGUAAGCAGAAUGUUGAAGUUAUGUCAUUUCCUUAUGACUAUGCGAUGGUUGGACCUACCAUGAAAACUGUUCAAAAACAUACAUUUAUUGGUAAAACUCUCGUCCAAGAUGGAUGUACAAGUCCACAUAAUUGCUUCCAAAUGGACAAAGAUACCACCAUAGCUGUCUUCCAAAAUGGCUUAAGAUGUGUAAAUAGAUUUUUGAAGCUAUGUCAUCUCCAUGACAAUGCGAUAAAUCUUGAUGAUUUUAUAGAUGUUGACUAUGAUUGGUUGAUGCUGGUCACAUAUCAUUGUCAUGCAUUAGACCUAGAGAAAAUCUUAUUGUGUGAUUUAAAUUUAAUGCUUUGUAGAAGACUUUGUCUAAAAGACAAUUAUUAUAUUUAAAAAUUUAGAUAAAUAUUUAAAGGUAAUUAAUGUUAGUGAUACCGGUAAUAUCCCUGUUGAAUACAUGAAGUACUACAAUAUUACUGAAAUUUUAGUAAUUAGAUGAAAUUGUAUUACACUUUCCAAAUUUUAUAAAAAAUAUGCCAGGUGUUUUGAAUUUGAUUGGUUUCCUCUGUUCCUUUUUUCCCUGUUCCUUUUUUCCCUUUCAAUUUAUGUGACAUAGUGAUCAAAUGUUGUAUACCUUAUUCAAACAUGAUAAAAUGUUAUAUGCAAUGCAUAGGGUUACAUGCAUCAGUGUGAAUGUGCAUUUGGGUAGGGUUAGCAUAGGUCACCUGCUAAAUAUGGGCAUGUCACAUAAAUUUGUCACAUAAGGUUUAAUAGUGUGGACAUAGCUUCAGGUUAGCAUUUGUCCCCUGCUAAACUGCAUCUGUGUGAAUGCGUGUCUGUAAUAUUACCAUGUGUCCACUUCAAAUUCAACGUAAGGAAAACAGACAUCACAGAGGUUUGUAAUGUUCCCGACAUAUUUAGCAUCGACCUGUGCACAUGCUCAGUAAACACAAUUUAUCUUUAACUAUGGUGCCACGCUGUGGCGCCACUCGACAUUGGGCAAGGUUUGCAUUCACAUGUGUGAGGACAAUGGUGAUUUUGAUAGGAAUAUCUCAGGAAGUCUGUGUAACAUUUAACAUGCAUCCUGUGCAACAAUUUGUCUCUUGGGUACUGUAUUUGUGAUCCGUACAGGAUUAUGACUCUUUAGGAAUUAAUUUUAGUUUAAUGAAAUACAUGCAAUUAUAGAAAAAAAUACAUGAAAUACAAGGACAGUGUACUGUUGAAGAGUUAUCAGGAAUGAAAGAUGGCACAAAAACAAACAAUACUGUACAAGGCUAUGCUGUUGGAGAGAUAUCAGGCUGGCAAAUUAUAUACAAACAAACAAAUAAACAAUACAAGGCUACUAUACUUUAGGGGAGAUAUCCACGAUAGCAAACUGAUGCAUAAACAAUACAAGGUCAAGUAAGGAAAUGAUUAUCUGGAAUGACUAAUUAUACCAUUAUAAACAAACAAACAAUAUCAACACUAAUUUUUACUAAAGCAGUUAAAAUUUUGUAGAGUAUUUUCUUGUAAUUUACUUUUUAAGUCACACAAGUCAGUAGUACAUUUUGUUUACAGCUUCAGAAGGAUCACCUAUCAUUGACUACAUCCAACCUUUUCCUCUAUCUGGGCAGCAUUUCAAACAGACUGCAGUGCAGUGCAUAACAUUGACCAUCACAUAAUCAUUCAUUGCCACAAUGAAUUUAGAUACAAUACCUCAAACUAAAGGACCAUGUGACAUUUGGACCCAGACCCCAAACCGAGCUAUGCAUCCAUUUAAGGAUGCCAACUAAGUAGGACUCUUUUUAAGUGUAGUGAAUAUUAUUUCUGUUGCCUGAAGGAGUGGACCAUCCUUUGGUUGUGAGGUAAAUCCCUUUAAGGAUUUAUCUACUAUUGAAAUUAGUGUUAUAAUAUUCUUUAGUUAUUUUUAACACAGCUGUUAUACUGUAACUAUUUUAUGAAGAACUUCAAUAUUGUAAAUAAGCCGACAAUGUAGACAUACCUUUGUUAAUAUUAAAAAUAGUAAAUAUGUAUUAAAUAUAUGUGAAUUCCAAUUAUCUGGAUAUGUAAAUAAAACGUGUUCGACUUAAUGGUGGUAUAAAUUCAAAUACCUCUAUGUUUGUACUGUUGUAUUUCAGACAGUUUUCAAGAUGGUCUGGUUUGUCACUUUGGUGCCAAAAUAGACUAGAAGUCUUUCGGUAGCAAAUAGGUAGUGAAUUUGUUUACUGGUAUUAUUGUGAUUCAGUAUUAAUUUAAGUCAUUGCUAUAUACUAGGAUACCAAGAUCGUUUUUAAAGUGAUCUUUCAUAUAAUAUGUUAUUAUGCUUAAUGAUCUUAAAUGCAUGCUUCCCUUCCUUUAGGCCUAAAAUAUUAAUCCUUUUUUAAAAUAAACAUUAAGAAUCGCAUAAUCUGUUUAUCAGGCAAUAAUUCAACACAAGUGUCAACUUUUGCCAUUGAGCUAGAAGACUCUUGACCUUUAACUGUUUUAAAGUUUCUGGUUGUCAUUAAAUAGAGAGGGCGCCAUAACAAAGAAAGGAAUAAUCCAAGUAAACAAACUCUUUCAGAGCUUUAUGGUGUUUUGGUGCCAACAGACUUUGAGCAGGUGGCACUCAGAAAACUUGAAUAACAAGUGUUGUUUUGAACAACAGUUCAAUCACUUAUAUGCCAAGUAGUAACAAAUCAAUUUUAUACUCACCGACCUAUGAUAAGUCAACCGUAACUCUUUCAUUAAACUACCUUCCAACUCAACUUUCAUAAAACAUAUGACUUUCAAUUGUACAUUGUGCUUUCCUCCUGCAAAAUGCAAUAAAUUCCAUCUGGGAUCAAUAA